AUGGUGGACUUGUCCUCGGAGUGGAGCAUCUCUUUCGCAGGCUGUGGAUUUCGGAGCAUCUAUUACGUCGGAGCCUUGAGCUGCAUCCUGGAGCGGGUCCCUCAGCUGGUGCACGGAGCCUCUAUGUUCGGGGGGGCCUCCUCCGGUUGUCUGGUGGCAGCAGCUUUGGCUGUGGGGAUUCCUAUUGAACAUCUGUGUUUCAGCAUUUUAAACCUGGCAAGGGAGGCCAGAAAACACACUCUGGGAGUUUUCCACCCGACCUUCAGGAUGCUGCAGUCGGUGCGGCACUCUUUGCUGGAGAAGCUUCCACAGGAUGCCCACCUGAGGGCGUCAGGGAGGCUCUGCGUGUCCCUCACCAGGCUGGCGGACGGACAAAAUGUCCUCGUGUCGAAGUUUGACUCUAGAGAGGAGCUCAUUCAGGUUCUCAUGUGCAGCUGCUUUUUUCCAGUCUACUGCGGCUUUAAACCGCCGUCGUACCACGGAGUGCGCUAUGUGGACGGAGCUCUGAGCAACAACAUGCCCCUGUUUGAGCACAGAAACACCAUCACCAUGGCACCCUUCUCGGGCGAGAGCGACAUCUGCCCUCGGGAGGGGACCUUCAACUUCAUCGAGGCCCACUACAGCAACGUGAGCAUUCAGGUUAACACCGGCAACGUCUACCGUGUGUGUACGUCGUUCCUCCCGCCGUCGCUGGAGAAGUUAGCUGAGAUCUGCCACAAUGGCUACGUGGACGCGCUUCGUUUCCUGGAAGAAAGGGGUGAGCAUUCCCACGUCCAUCCUCCCUCACAGCAGAUCUGCCCGGUGCGAAGCACGUCCCUCCCGAGUCCGUCGCUCGGGAAAGGCUGGGCCGCGCCUGCUCGUCGUGAGCCUGGAAAAGAGCGAGCUGAUGCAGAAGAGGCCAGGCCGGCGAAGAGGCUGCAGCGCAAAGAAGGAAACCAUCAGCAGGAGCAGAGGCAGCUCAGCCACAACGUCCCCCACAGGCUCCCUGCCAAUAUCCAGGAAGUGCUGCGUGAGGCGUGCCAGCAGAAUCACGACCCAAGCGGCUGGUGGUCUCGGUUUAUUCACUUCCUCCCAAUUAAAGCCGUCAUUUACAUGCUGACCCUGCCCCUCCGGCCUGUCCAGCUCAGCCUCUCGCUUGCCAAAGGUAAAGUAUAUUUGAGGUUUGUUUUUAAUAAAACGAAAUGAAAAAAAGAGUAAAGAAAUGGAGAUUCUGGAGCGAUGGCUCCAAAAAGGUUUGUCUCGAAGAUUUAAGGUGUUGCAAAGCACGAACUUGGCGGAUUGCUCAUCUCUCUCUUUCUUUAACUUAUUAUUAGAAAGAGUCUUUUGGGCCGGACCGCGCUGACCGCACAGAGGGAGACACAAAUUCUGAACCAACACUACUUUUAGUCCAAUUGUUCAUUUGGUCCUCUGUUGGUUUUUGUAUCAGGAUAAGAUUUUCUAAAAAUGUCAAGAUGAUGUUGGACACAGAAAGCAUGUAAAAAAGAAAAAGUGUCCAUUUACGAAACUAUAUGUAAACUAUUUUAUUUAACUUCAUAAUUUCUAAUGGGCUUUCUCUUGUAAAAUAAAGGUCAUAUUUUCUUGAACCCCAUUUUUUUCUUGAGUUUAUCUAUAAAAUUCACAUAAAAAGAGAAAACUGUAAAACACCUUUUAAUAACUUUGAAUGACUACUUCAUUGAUUUUAAAUCCUGUUCAAAUUGUGCAGAAACCCCAUAAAGUGAGUGAUGAGUCAGUAGAAUAACAUUUUAAUCAAGAAAUGUUUCAUAAAAUCCAAUGACAGUUAAUAAACAUACCAUAAUCCAAAGCAUCUACAGUAAAAAAAAAAAAAAAAAAAACAUCAUAGGUUGUGUAACUUUGAAAGGCUCGUCAGCGAUCCAGCUGCAGGGCCCAUGAUGUUAAUGUGUGGUUUCAACGAGUCGCCUUUGUGCGUCAUAUCAGUUCAUAGCACCUUGAGUGUAGCGGUAAUCCUGAUCGGAUUGAGCUUCAAGAUAACCUGGAGGCAGUCUGUCUACUGGAAACAGUAGAUUAUGAUGUAGACUCCCACUGCAGCACAGUGCAGUCAGUCCUCAACAACACAGCCAUUAAAAACAAAUGCUUAAAUACACAGAUGUCGACAAAGACAGCCAGUUAUGUCCCUGAUUUGCACGUGUAAAAUGGCUCAUGAAUAUACAUAUAUAAAAAAAAAACGAUAAAAAUAAAAUGUGCAGAAAAACCAACAUUCUGCAGUUUCAG